AUGGAGCUUCUCUGGCUGAUGCUUCUGAUGCUACUAAUGGCUUCCUCGACAUCACGGCGGUCCGAAGCGAAGGUGGGAGAGAUCAAGAGGAGCCAGUUCCCCAAGGGCUUCUUCUUCGGCGCAGCUUCUUCGGCGUACCAGUAUGAAGGCGCUGUGAGGGAAGGUGGCAGAGGACCCAGCAUCUGGGACACCUUCACUCACAAUCAUCCAGAGAAGAUAGCAAAUGGAAGCAAUGGUGAUGUAGCAAUAGAUUCCUACCACCGUUACAAGGAGGAUGUCAGAACCAUGAAGGAUUUGGGCAUGAGUGCCUAUAGAUUUUCACUUUCCUGGUCAAGAAUUCUUCCUAAUGGAAAACUGAGUGGAGGGGUUAACAUGGAAGGUAUCAGAUACUACAAUAAUCUCAUCGACGACCUAAUUUCGAAAGGUGUUGAACCGUUUGUGACCCUUUUUCACUGGGACUCUCCACAAGCACUAGAACAGCAGUAUGGUGGAUUCUUGAGUGACCUUAUUGUGCAAGACUUCCAGGGCUAUGCAGACAUCUGCUUUAGGGAGUUUGGUGACAGGGUAAAAUACUGGAUAACAUUCAACGAGCCUUGGAGCUUCAGUGUUGGUGGCUAUGGCAGUGGCAUAUUAGCACCUGGUAGAUGCUCCUCUAGGGGAAAGCCAGGUUGCAGCCAGGGAGACUCAGGAAGAGAGCCUUAUAUUGUAGCUCACAAUCAGCUUCUGGCUCAUGCAGCAGCAGUUCAAAUGUACAGAGACAAAUACCAAGGGGAACAAAAAGGGAAAAUAGGCAUUACUAUUGUUAGCAAUUGGAUGAUUCCCUAUGAAGAUUCCAAGGAAGACAGGCAUGCUACCAAACGUGCGUUGGAUUUCAUGUACGGAUGGUACAUGGAUCCUUUAACCAAGGGAGAUUAUCCAGUCAGCAUGAGAACAUUGGUUGGUAACAGAUUACCAAUAUUCACAAAAGAGCAGUCAAAAGUUAUAAAUGGAUCAUUCGACUUCAUUGGCCUCAACUAUUAUACAGCAAGAUAUAUUCAGGGUACAAAACAAGAAAGUAAUAAUAACAAAAGCUACAAUACUGAUUCACUGACUAACCAGAGAGUGCAAAGAAAUGGAACAGAUAUUGGUCCAAAGGCUGGUUCAUCUUGGCUCUACAUCUAUCCAAAAGGAAUAGAGGAACUGUUGCUGUACACAAAGAGGACGUACAACAACCCUACUAUCUACAUCACAGAAAAUGGUGUUGAUGAGAUUAACAAUGAAAACUUAUCGCUUAAAGAGGCCCUAAUUGAUAACACCAGAAUAGAGUUCUACCGGCAACACCUAUUCCAUGUUCAAAGAGCCCUCAGGCAAGGAGUUGAUGUACAAGGAUAUUUUGCAUGGUCACUGUUUGACAAUUUUGAGUGGAUGGAUGGCUAUAGUGUUCGGUUCGGCAUAAACUACAUCGACUACAAGGAUGGGCUGAAAAGAUAUCCAAAGCGAUCCAGCCAGUGGUUUCAGAAUUUCCUUCAUAGCUGAAGCGUGUGAUUGUCACAGGCAGCACCUGCCUACAUCUUUUGAAGGAGCAACAUUAUUAGUGUAAUCUAUAUAUUGGAGUAACUUUACGGUACUAAAGCUACCGCGGAAUAUCACAAAUUGUGGUGUUAAAACUUUUAGUGUGCUAGUACCUUCGCACUGUAGAGGCACCAAAAUUUAUAA